AUGCUACUUCCCUUGCUAAAGAUCGUUUACGAGCUGGUAGAGCCUUGCUUACAAUACAUGCUCAAGCAAAAAACAAUAGCAUUAAAUGCGGCGCAAAGUCCCGUUCAUGCAAUACAACUUUUGGAGCUUGGUCGCGAAGUGAUUGCAGGAUCUCUUAACGAGAUACGUGCUGAGAUAUCCGAGCUUCAGCAAAAACAUCCCAGUCUUGCAGAGGAAUACAUUAACCUUCGAAAUCAACUCGAUACCCCGAAAACUUUCACACAACGUCAAGUCGACCAACGCUACACUGCUGGGCAGAGGUUAGAGGAGGAGAUUCAGAGAAUUCGGGCAUUGCCUGGAUUCGAUCGAUUUCUCCUUGCUCCAUCAGAAGACGAGCUGAAGAGCGCUGCAGAGUAUGGGCCAAUCGUUGUUAUCAAUGUUAGCGAAUACCGCUGCGAUGCUUUGCUUGUUGAGAGCCAUCAAAUUCGGUCUUUAAAGUUGCCUCACCUUUCCUCUGGCGAUAUUCGACUUCGUAUGAUAGAGGAGUUGUGGGCUCCAGAGAUCCUUGAAUGGCUUUGGGAGACUAUAGCGCAGCCGAUUCUCAAUACACUGGGAUUCACGAAACAACCUCCCGAAGGUUGCUGGCCUCGUAUAUGGUGGAUUCCCACCGGACAACUGAGCAAAUUUCCACUCCAUGCAGCGGGGCAUUUCACCGACGGCUCUACCGAAACAGUACUCGAUCGGGUCAUAUCAUCAUACAGCUCUUCUAUUAAAGCGAUUAUACACGGCCGCCGCCAACGGCAUAGCUUAGAAGGCACACCAUCGGCCCCAGCCCGGGCACUUCUUAUUGCUAUAGAGUCUGCGCCAGGAAGUUCCAGGCUACCUUUCGCAACAGGAGAAGUGGAGAUGCUACACGAGCUGUGCCAAUCAAUGACACUUGACCCUAUCAAGUCCGGUCGACGCAAGCAAGAUGUCAUGUCACACUUGCCGCAUUGCGACAUUUUCCAUUUCGCUGGCCAUGGCUAUACAGACGCAAAUGAUCCUGCCAAAAGCUAUUUGCUUCUAGAGGAUGGGAAGAGCGACCCGUUAACAGUCGCUGAUCUUCUAGAUUUGAACCUCCGGGAACGCUCGCCUUUUCUGGCCUACCUCUCAGCGUGCGGGACAGGUCGAAUCAAGGGCGAGAAGUUUGUAGACGAGAACAUCCAUCUAAUCAGUGCGUGCCAGCUGGCGGGGUAUCGUCACGUUAUUGGUACGCUGUGGGAGGUAAAGGAUGAAAUAUGUGUGGACAUGGCAAGGAUUACAUAUGAGGGAAUAAGAGAUAAAGGCAUGACAGAUGAAUCGGUAGCCUGGGGACUCCAUAAUGCGGCUAGGGAACUUCGCGACCGUUGGCGAAGGACGGCAGUGAAGGCUGAACGUGGAAGCAAGUUAGCUAGAGAGGAAGAUGCAAGCUUGGGGGUGGAAACCCGUACUACAAAUGAUGGAGAUCAAAGGGAUGAUAGACUACCGAGAGAUAUCGUUUCAUGCGACGAUGACGAUAAAGAGGAAGAGGCGGGACUAUGGGUUCCUUAUGUUCAUUUUGGAGUUUGA